AUGGGAUUGAGAAAUCUGAAGAGAAAUGAUAUAGUGCCUAUUUAUGGUAAAGGAGAGAAUAUAAAACUGAAAAAGAUGAGUGAAAAAAAAUUAGCUUUAAUUUCAUUGCAGAUGCACAUGCUAGCCAAUGCUGAGGUCAAGGAUAUGAUGCUGAACUCCCUGUUGCCAGCAGCUGGUCAAUUUGAUGAGAAGAGCAUUGGAACCAUGCUUGAUUUAGAAACUAUCAAGGAACACAAAGAAAUUGAUCAUACUAUUAAGGACAAAAAUGCAAUCCAGUAUUUUUCUCCCCAGUCUGCUCGGAAGAGAACGAAUGGCUUAAACAGGACUAAGGUUAAGGAUGCACCUGCACAGUGUGUGAAUAACUCAGAUCUGGAUGCUUCAAAGCAUUCAGCUGGCUACCUGAACAAGAAGAAUAAGUUAAAUUCUUCUAGUUUGGAAGCCUCGAGUGAGGAAGCAACAAUGCACACUUCUAUAUCUGCCCCCGAGUGA